AUUAAGCAGCAUGAAAAAGUUUUUGAGAAUGCACAGUUAGUCAUCUUGGACAGUAACAUUCCUUUAAGCACAAUGGAGUAUGUGAUCAAAACAGCUCAUAGAUUUGGAAAACCAGUGUUCUAUGAACCUACGGAUAUGAGGAAAGCGAGUAGAAUUCUUGAAUUUCCGUUACCGGAACCACUGGCAUUCUGCACUCCCAAUAUGGCCGAACUGCGGGCAAUGGCUGCUGCAAUAAUGGAAAAUAGCCUGGUCGAAAAUGUGGCAGACAAAUACUUGUUGGCAGAACUUAAAUCAUUAUGUUCUACUCUGAUCUUCGAGAACAUUGUUGAUGUUCUUGUAGUGACUUUAGGAGAUAAAGGUGUUGCAAUCGCCAGAUUGUGUGACAACUCUGAAAGGCUAUUUGACGACAGCGGUGUCUAUAUAAAACCAGGACACAAAACUGAUAAAAAAAUAUCUGUUCGAUUAUAUCCACCUGCGCAAUUACCUGCCAACUCGCUCUUGGCCAACACUUCUGGAGCAGGUGAUUGUUUCGCAGCAGGAUUCGCGGUGGCUGCUAUGCUUGGUGUUACUUUAAAUGGAGCAGUUGCAGCAGGAAACACUACAGCAAUACGUGCUCUUCUUUCUAAUAUUCCCGUUCCUGAUAAACUAUUUUUGUUGACUAAACAGAAUUGGACAAGUGAAGCAACAUAUAAAGAAUUGUGA